AGAAUAGAGGGAAAGAUGAUCCGCACAAAGAACAAACAGCUGCAGCGUUUUCCAGCUGAGUCCCAAGCUGUGAUCCCGUCUCUGUCCCCACCUUCUCAUGUCCUGCACUCAGAUCCUCUCCUGCACAAAGGAACACGCAGUGGACCUCCUGGAGAUCAUCCAUUUUCCUCUGCACAGACUGUUAGACCUGCAAAUUCACAGGGCCUCCUCGGUCCGUACCCCCUGCUGCAGCAUGCAGUGACCAUGCCACGACAACCUGAGAUGUCACCAUGUCAUGGGAAACAGAUUCACUCACCUUUUUUAUCAUCAGGAGGAGGCCGGUCUCUUCUCGGUGCCGCUCCGUUCCGUGUUCCCCUGAGGACCCCACGCAUGGCUUUUUUACCUGAACAUCUCCAUGAGUCACAAGGAGCUUUUAUAAAUAAGAAAGGCUGUCUGCACAAUCUUCAGCGAAAGAGGCAAAACGAACAAAGAGAAAGAUUCAAAGAGAAAAGUAAUGGACAGAUGAGCAAAUACACAACAGAAGUAAAAACUUCAAAGGAGGGAAAGAAACUAAAAUCAUCCGUCGAAACUCAGGACUCAUCCUCUGAACAGAAGGAUCAUGGAGCUGCUGAGAUGGUGGAAGAGUCUGAAGAUAUAGGUUCAGAGCAGAAAUCAGCAGAUUCAUCAACGAUGCAAGAGCAGGAAGAGGAGGAAUGCCCUGAAGCUGACAAGGAAAUGGAGCAGAGCAGGACAGCAGAGGUGCUGGGUGUAGGCACAUCUCUUAAAGUGACCAUUCAGCACAGCAGUGAGAGUCGAGCCUUCAGCACUAGGUCAGAGGAGGCAGCAGGCGCUGCAGGCCUGGCCUUGGAGAAAGACAUGAGCAUGACUGACAAAUACUGCUGCUAUAUCUGCAAUGUCACAUCUCCUGACCAGCAUGACUUUCAGACUCACAUGAUCAGCUUGGGUCACCAGCAAAAGAUGAGGGAGAUUCAGCAUUUGAGCAACACCUGCCUGGCAACACUGCUACCCAAAAUGCACCAAUCACUGCAGGGCAAAUACAGGCAAGGAUUGGGCAUAGAUCUGUUCAGGUUUAUCACUUCAGCAGGCCAGACUGCAAUGGGAAACCUUCAGCGCUGGUGUACAAUCUGCCAGUGUCACUUUACUGGUGAUCUUAUCAAACACAGAAGAACAAAGAAGCACAAGAUGGCGAAGGUCUCUUCCAGACCAGUCUGCACAGUGUGUGAGCGACACUUCAGAACUCCUCGCAAGUUUGUGGAGCACAUGAAGUCCUCAGAGCACAAACAGCAGGUUGAAGAGCUAAAAGAAGACGGAGGACCCGAAGUCAUGGGGGAACUUAUAACGUUAGAUGCCAUAGGUUGCUUUGAAGAUGAAGAUGAGUAUGAGGAAGACGGAGAGGAGGAGGAAGAAACUGUGUCUGAACAGGUUAAUGCAGCAGAGAUCACUGAUGAUAAAGAGUAUGAUCCAGACACACAAUAUGGCACCAGCUUUGUAAUCCCUGUAGCAGGUUUCCUCUGUAAACUGUGCCAUAAGUUUUACCACUUUGAAUCCCGAGCUCGGGAGACACACUGCAAAUCUCUUACACACUACCAGAACUUACAGAAGUACAAGGUGAUGCUUAACCUACCUCAGGAGGAUGAUGAGACCCCAGACAGCUUCUUGGUUAAUAUUGAGAAUGUUGAGAACAGCAGUGGGUGCACUGCAGAGACAAAGUUUAAUGUAUGUCUGUCCUGCUCUUCAGAGGGAUGGAUGACGCUACUCUCUGGGACAAUGAUCAAUCCUGAGCCUCAUGUAUGCGAAGGAGGGCAGACAGACAACACUGUCAUUGUUCAUACUAAAUACCCAGUGUCCAUCACCAGGAAGGCUUCCAGUAUUAAGGGGUUUCACCGCGCAACUGGCAACCACGCGAGCGCUGAGGAAGUAAGAUAGGGGUUGUCUCAAGACUACAUGGAUGAGCCAGAGCUCUACUGAAAACAUGUUUUGUGGGUAGAUAAAUCCAGAAAUCCAGAAAACAAACAAUGCAUUCAAACAUAAAAGCCUUGUACAAUCUGUUAAGCAUGGUGGUGGCAGUUUCAUGAUUUAAGGCUACUUUUUUGCCUGGGGUCCAGGAUGGCUUGCCAUUAUUGAUGAGCCCAUGAAUUCUGAAAUGUGCCAACAAAUGCUACAGAAAAAUGUCAGUAUGUCUGCCUGUAAACUGCAACCGAAAGAGGCUCAUGCCGCAAGACAAGUCUAAGCACACAAGUUUCCAAAGAAAUGGAUAAAGCAGAAACACUAUGGAAUGGUGACAGAUUUUUACCCAAUAAAACUGUUGUGGAUGACCAUGAAGUUCAUACAAGUUACAACCACAAACAUCACG